GCUUUCUAAACUGCUCUUUUCCCAGAGACAUCCGAUGAAAUGACUUUAAAAUACCAGCAUGUAGCAUAAACCUGACAGAAGUUUUGAACCAGCCCCUCUUGCCGCUGCAUGCACACAUGUUGAGUAAGUACGUGGUUGGCUGUCAGCUGACCGCCUUGAGAGGAGUCCUGACAAAUAUGAGAAGUGAACUUUGAGUGCGGCAGUAACACGCCCUCUCACACAACUGGUCGGUCCCGGCGCCUUGUGAACAGUCUGGUAGCGUUUCAGCUCCGGGGUCCUGAAGGCAUCAUGCAAUGCUUGAAAAGAGAAGCAAAACUCACCAGAUCUGAGGAAUUAGUCCGCAAUGCCAGGAGCCAGAAGGCGAUACAAUUGAGCUCAAAGCUCCUAGGUUUGGAGGGCGAUCUGGACCUCCAGUUCCUCCUGCAGGGGGGAGAUCUUCUCAAGGUCCGUUCCCCAUCCUGGAAGAAGACCCGCUACUUCAGACUCCAGGAAGACUGCAAGACCAUAUGGCACGAAUCCAAGAAAUACUUCAUGAGGAACCAGACCUUCACACUUGACGAUAUCUCUGCGGUGAGAAUCGGCCGCCAGUCGGAAGGUUUGAGGAAGUACACAGAGGAGCAGGUGGAGGGCCGCUGCUUCUCCAUCAUGUUCAAGGGCCGCCGCAAGAACCUGGACCUCAUCGCCAGCUCGGAGGAGGAGGCCAAGCAGUGGGUCAGCAGCCUGGAGAAAUUGAUCUCCAAACUAAACAACCUCAGCUGCCAGAAGAAGACAGAGCACUGGAUCCUCAGCUGCCUGAGGAAAGCAGACAAGAACAAAGAUGAGAAGCUGAGUCAUUCAGAGGUCAAGAACUUCCUCCGUCUGAUCAACAUCGAAGUCGACGACGACUACGCAGAUAUGCUGUUCAAGGAAUGUGACAAAUCAAACUCUGGAUACCUGACUGGAGAGGAGAUCGAACAUCUGUAUGAGCUGUUGACCCAUCGGGAGGAAAUCGACGUUAUCUACGGAGAGUACGCUAAAACCACCGGCUUCAUGAGUCCUGAAAACCUAGUGGACUUCCUGAUGAAGGAACAGAGGGAGAAACUUACGCUGACAGACGCAAACAACAUUAUCGAGAAGUACGAGCCGGAUGAAAAUGUCAAGCAGAAGAAGCUGCUGUCCAAAGAUGGCUUCCUCAGGUACAUGCAUCAGCCAGAGGCCCUGAUCCUCAAUUCAGAUCACAAGGAGCUGCACCAGGACAUGAGCCAGCCCCUCAAUCACUACUUCAUCUCCUCCUCACACAACACCUACCUCAUGGAGGACCAGCUCAAAGGGCCCAGCAGCACAGAGGCUUAUGUCAGGGCUCUGCUGAAGGGCUGCCGCUGCGUAGAGCUGGACUGCUGGGACGGAUCGGACGACGAGCCGGUGAUCUACCACGGCUACACACUCACCUCGAAGAUCCUCUUCAAAGACGCCAUCAAAGCCAUCAAGGAGUACGCUUUCAAGACGUCCGACUUCCCGGUGAUCCUCUCCCUGGAGAACCACUGCAGCGUGGAGCAGCAGCAAGUCAUGGCCCACCACAUGAGCUCCAUCCUGGGCAGUGCACUCGUCACCUCUCCCCUGGGGGAGGGCAUGCCCACAGAGUUCCCCUCUCCUGAGGAAUUAAAGGGGAAGUUCCUCGUCAAAGGGAAGAGGUUAAACAAACUGGAAACCAUCUUUGCGUCUGAGGCAGCAGCGGCUGAUGACACCGACGUGACGGAGGAGGAUGAGUCAAAUGAUGAGGACGAACAGAAGGAGGAAGAGAAAAGCAAGAAAAAGAAGCUGAAGCUGGCGAAGGAGCUGUCGGACAUGGUGAUCUACUGUAAGAGCGUCCACUUCCACGGCUUUGAGGACGCCAGAACAAACCAGAGCUUCUACGAGAUGUCGUCCUUCAAGGAGGGAAAGGCCGUGGAGCUGGCAGAGGAGUCGGCGAAUGCCUACGUCCGUCAUAAUGUGGACAAGCUGAGCCGCAUCUACCCAGCAGGCUCCAGGACCGACUCAUCCAACUACAACCCAGUGCCCCUGUGGAACGCCGGCUGCCAAAUCGUGGCCCUGAACUUCCAGACGACCUGCACAGACAUGGAUGUGAACCAGGGAAGAUUCCUGGUGAACGGGAAGAGCGGCUACAUCCUGAAACCAGCCUACAUGAGAGACACAGCCACAGACUUUGACCCCAUCACUCUGACGCGAGGAAACUGGCUGAAGCACAAAACGCUCCAUAUCAUGAUUAUAUCGGCCCAGCAGCUCCCCAAAGUGAACAAGAAGAAAUCCUCCAUAGUGGACCCGCUGGUUAAAGUGCAGAUAUUCGGAGUCCCGGCUGAUGUCGCUGAGAAAGAAACCAGUCCUGUUGAAAACAAUGGGUUCAACCCUGCGUGGAAUGAAAACUUCCAGUUCGAUGUGUAUGUGCCAGAUCUGGCACUACUGCGCUUCUUGGUGGAAGACUACGACUCGACGUCCGAUAACGAGUUUGUUGGACAGUUCACACUUCCAUUCAACAGCUUAAAAAUGGGAUACAGACAUGUGCCUCUGCUCAGUAAGAACGGAGACCGUCUCCCCUCAGCCGGACUCUUUGUGCACGUCAUGGUCCUCGAUGCUGAGUGAGACGUCACUGCCUGACAUACGGACACUAGGACCUCCAUUACACACUCUUGUCUUAGCUAUUUUUUAAUUAGAUUUUAUAUUGUUUUUCUUUUUUUUUUGUGCUCUGUAGUUUUAGUUCAUGAUUAACUUAUUGGCUUCAUUCCAGAAGUUUGACCAGCUAGUGUAAAAGUUAGACUACAUUCUUCUCAAAAGUGAGACAAAAGUGCCACUUAAAACUAAAGGUCUCCAACUGCACGUGGAGCUGGGUGUCAACACGCCGACACUGCACAAACACACUAGGUUUACUGGAUUUUAUAAGACUCUUGAUGAUGAUGUGACAUUAUACAAACUGUUUUAAUUGGUUUGUAUUUGUUGCACUAGUGUUGAACCACAGCUUGUGUCCCUCAUCUUUGGUCAGUUAAUGUAUUGUCUAUUUAAAUCUUUUUAUUCAAAUGUCCAUUUUAUGAAUUCUGGAGAAACAUAAGCCAAUAUAAAAACUAUGUGCUUCGUCUUCAUCAGUAAUUGUAGUCAUCAAGUAUGAUUAUUUUACAUGUAACAUCAUCAUGACAGCUUCUUUUUGCUAUCUUUUUAUAAUCAAGAUGAAGAUAAAAAAUUUAAAC